GAAGCAUCGACAAUAAUGGCAACAACAUCCAGAAACAUCAAAGUUUUCUACAAGCAAAAGAAGAACACCACCACUUCUACGGAGAAGAAGUCAACCAAAAACCCAUCUCACAAAGACGCCGCCGCUACUUUCGGUUCCGAUGUCACCCAAGCUACGGCCCUUGCUUCUCAUGGCGGUUCGCUCGACCUCAAAGAUGAUUUUGAUGAGGAAGAGAAAGUGUUGGCGCAAUUUGACAUGAAUAUGGCAUACGGGCCGUGCCUGGGGAUAUCGCGACUGGCUCGUUGGGAAAGAGCACAAAGAAUGGGGCUAAACCCUCCUGAAGAAAUUGAAAGCCUUUUGAAAGGUGGGAAAGUGAGGUUAGAAUGUUUAUUUGAGGGUCGUGUUUAAUUAAUUAAUAGCCAUGGGUAGUAGUACUAUGUUUAGG